UGUAGUAUUAUCAACAACGCGGCGACCGUUGCUCAUAUAUAAUUAAAUUAACUUUUAUUAAAUUAUAUGCAGAAUUGAGGGUUUAAUUAAUAUCCACAAUUCUAAGAGUUAGGUUUUCUUGUUUUAGAAAUAUUCAAUGGAUAAAUUUUAACUUUACCAUUCAACGUUUUUCUAUAAUGUCCGAACACAACUCGAACUCUAACCAAUCAUCGGUCACUAAUAAUAAAGAAGAUAGACCCAAAUUAAAAAUUUUAGCCUUUCAUGGAUAUCGACAAAAUGGCACAGUGUUCAGAGCUAAAAUAGGAUCCUUUAGAAAAGCGGUUUCAAAGUAUGCUCAGUUAUUUUUUAUAUCUGCUCCUCAUAAAGUUUUCUGCGAAGAAGGUGGAGGCGAUGAAGAUUCGCGUUCAUGGUGGUUCAACGCAGAAGAUAACACAUUCAGUGGUAAAUGUUUAGGCGGACCAGCUAUUGGCUUUGAGGAUACCUUGAACCUGAUAGAGGAAGUUGUUAAAGAGCAUGGCCCGUUUGAUGGGUUCAUGGGUUUUUCACAGGGUGCCUGUCUUGUUGGUCUUCUAGCUGCUAUGCAACAAAAAGGAUAUCUGCCAUAUACAUUUAAAUUUGCAAUUUUUGCAUCUGGAUUUCGAUCAGGAAGCUUAGUUCAUAAGGGAUUUUAUGAUGAAGAUAUCAAUCUACACUCUCUGCAUGUUUAUGGAGAAAGUGACUCCAUUAUACCAAAAGAAAUGAGUGAAUCACUCAUUAAUCUAUUUGUAAAAUCAGUUGUGAUUGAACAUGCUGGAGGUCAUUAUGUAGCUUGCUCUGGAUCUAUCAAAGAUGCCUACCUGGACUUCUUGCAUGAUAGGUAUCAAGAUAUAUUCGAAAAUCCCGAGAAAAAUAAUAGAAGAAAUUCAUAGAGAUUUGUUUAUGAAAAUAUGUAAAUAUAUAUUAAUUAAAGAUUUG